AUGGCGCCACUCAUUGGCAAUGUUGGCGAGACGUCUGGGAAUCUACCAAGUCAACUGUCCGAUGCUGGGAAUGAUUAUAAAUACUCUGGCAGAGAACGCGGGAUUAGGCAUAUUCCACAAGAUCUUCCUGUCACUCCGAUCAAGUUGCGAAAACGAGGUGAAGCCAACACUAUACAGCAUAAUGAAGGUCAAUUUCAUCAGAAGACGACGCCUGAUCCCCGUUGA